AUGGAGGACAAGCAGGAGUCUGAGCCAAGUCUGGGAAACAAAUCAGACGCAGAAGGCUCAGAGGUCCAGAAGUCCGAAGCCCGGUCAGAGAUACCGUGGGGUCGGGAGGUGCUGGUGCGGGCACAACAGGCCCCGAGGCACCCCGGCACACCAGAGGCCAUGGCAACAGGGGCAGACAGCCGGGCGUACACCGGCCCAGACCCCAAGCAGUUCUCCCCACAGAACCCGAACCCCCGAAACCCCACCGGGGCCCCUGCCCAAGGGCAACGCGCCCCAGGGAUCCCAGACCCCAGGACCCAUCCCAGACCCACUCAGCAACGCUCCUCCCCAGAAAAAUCAACAUGCCUGCCCUCCCAGGAGACAAACAAGCCCGCCGAACAGGAACCCCUCCGACAGCGCACCGCCGGCACACGGGGGCCCGAGCGGCCCCAACAGAAACAACAGCGGAAGGCCGAUAUGGACGAACCGAUGGCACCAACCAAGCCCCCAGGCAGAUUCCCCCACCCAAAAACACAACGAAACCACUCCGCCCCCACCGACCACAGCAAACACAGCCGCAAGGCAAAACAAAGUAUGGAGCAGCCCCGCCUGGCGCACGCCAGAGAGCCAAAGCCGCCCCAGCCGCCAGAAGCCGGCACAAGCAGCAAAAAGAAAGCAGCAGAUGCGACCCCGCCGCGCCCGGUGCGAAAGCAGCACGAACCACCCCGCUCCGGCCUUGCACCGCCCACGGGCAGCCGAGAGGAGGACGGCCGCCCCGAUGGGGGCAACAGUCCCCUGGGCCAGACCCGCCAGGCACCCCGCUCCGAGCACCCCCCCGAGCCCCCAGGACCCAAGGACCCCCGAACUAGCCCCCGCACCCCAUGA